AUGUUGAGAUCCAGAAUCCCCAGCACUAGAGCGUUUGUGCGUCACCUCUCGCACAAGGAGUUGAAAUUCGGCGUUGAAGGCAGAGCCGCCCUUCUCAAGGGUGUGAACACCUUGGCCGACGCUGUUUCCGUGACUUUGGGUCCAAAGGGUAGAAACGUGCUCAUUGAGCAGCAGUUUGGUUCUCCCAAGAUCACCAAGGAUGGUGUCACCGUGGCCAAGUCCAUCACCCUCAAGGACAAGUUUGAGGACAUGGGCGCCAAGUUGUUGCAGGAGGUUGCCUCCAAGACCAACGAGCUGGCUGGUGAUGGUACCACCUCUGCCACCGUUUUGGGCAGAUCCAUCUUCACCGAGUCCGUGAAGAACGUGGCCGCUGGCUGCAACCCUAUGGACUUGCGUAGAGGUACCCAGGCUGCCGUUGAGGCUGUGGUUGAGUUCUUGCAGCUGAACAAGAAGGAGAUCACCACCUCUGAAGAGAUUGCCCAGGUGGCCACCAUCUCCGCCAACGGUGACGCCCACAUUGGUAACUUGUUGGCUUCUGCCAUGGAGAAGGUCGGAAAAGAGGGCGUUAUCACCGUCAAGGAGGGUAAGACCUUGGAGGACGAGUUGGAGGUGACUGAGGGUAUGAAGUUUGACCGUGGUUACAUCUCCCCAUACUUCAUCACCAACGCCAAGAGCGGUAAGGUUGAGUUUGAGAACCCCUUGAUCCUCUUGUCUGAGAAGAAGCUCUCCUCCAUUCAGGACAUCUUGCCUUCUCUUGAGUUGGCCAACCAGACCAGAAGACCUCUUUUGAUCUUGGCUGAGGACAUUGACGGUGAGGCUCUUGCCGCCUGUAUCUUGAACAAGUUGAGAGGUCAGGUCCAGGUCUGUGCUGUCAAGGCCCCAGGCUUUGGUGACAACAGAAAGAACACUUUGGGUGACAUUGCCAUCCUUUCCGGUGGUACCGUGUUUACCGAGGAGUUGGACCUCAAGCCUGAGAGCGCUACUGUUGAGCAGUUGGGCUCUGCUGGCUCCAUCACCAUCACCAAGGAGGACACUGUCAUCUUGAACGGUGAGGGUCUCAAGGAGAACAUCCAGGCCAGAUGCGAGCAGAUCAGAAACUCUGUUGACGACACUCAGACCUCCGAGUACGAGAGAGAGAAGUUGCAGGAGCGUUUGGCUAAGUUGUCUGGCGGUGUUGCCGUCGUCAAGGUUGGUGGUACCUCUGAGGUUGAGGUUGGUGAGAAGAAGGACAGAUACGACGAUGCUUUGAACGCCACCAGAGCUGCUGUCCAGGAAGGUAUCUUGCCAGGUGGUGGUACUGCCUUGAUCAAGGCUUCCAGAAUCUUGGACGAGGUCAAGGAGAAGGCCGCCAACUUUGACCAGAAGUUGGGUGUUGAGAUCAUCAGAUCUGCCAUCCUCAAGCCUGCCAAGAGAAUCAUUGAGAACGCCGGUGAGGAGGGUUCUGUCAUUGUUGGCAAGAUCUACGACGAGCCUGAGUUCAACAAGGGUUACGACUCUUCCAAGGGCGAGUUCACCGACAUGAUUGCCUCUGGUAUCAUUGAUCCAUUCAAGGUUGUCAAGAACGGUUUGGUUGACGCUUCUGGUGUCGCCUCCCUUUUGGCCACCACCGAGUGUGCCAUCACCGAUGCCCCAGAGCCCAAGGGUCCUCCACCAGCUGGCGGCAUGGGCGGCGGCGGCAUGGGUGGCAUGGGUGGCAUGCCAGGUAUGUUCUAA